AGAAUAGAGCGAAGCAGUCCUGGUAUUGAUUUGGAUGUUUGCAACAGCAAGAGAGAGAGUAGUCUGUAGAUAGAGAGAGAACUGUAGUCACUUUAUCUAGAUGGUCUCUCUCACCUGACACACAAACACACUGCGGUUAUAGGAGAUUGAACCGGACUCUUGGUGUCUCUCUGCCUUAAACGAGAAGAACCACAGCAUCACUGAGUGGAAGAGGAAUUUGUGUCUGAGAAAGAGAGAGAAGCAACGAGAAAAAAUGUAAGCGAUCAAGAAAGAAGACGCGGACCCUCGUGUUUGGACCACAAGGACUUGGAGAAAGCAAAUUCUGCAGGAGUAUUUUUUCGCAGGACCCGGUGUUGUUGUUCUUUAACCCUGAGGCUGUGGAUUUGAUACGGAAUUAGGAAGUUAGGAAUAUUGAAUUUAUGCAUUACUAAUAUGUUUUUUUGUUUGUGUUGUGGACCAAAGCUAUUGCUGGAUUUGCUAUUUUAUUUUAAAUGAAAUGACAUUAAUGGGACCAGAGACACUAUAAAGAGGAGGAGACAAGAUACUCGAAAAACAUGAAUGGAAGAUCCCAUUUGCUAUUUGAUAGAUGCAUCGGCAGUUUACUUUAGAAGUGCACAUUUUUUUGUUUAUCGAAUAGGAUGUCAUUUUAGAUUUGAUUUCAGAUUUAUUGAAACGAAUUCUUGACAAACAUCUGGACCUGUGCACCGUCAAAGCAUUACCACAAGGACCAGUAAAUUAUAAUACUUGGUUGGAUGACCUAGACAAGACUUUAUCGUAGAAUUCUUUUCAUGUGUAUUUGUGAAACAAGAAUGAGGCUCUUCGGUCUUUGUUCUGCACUGUCUCCACCUCCUGCUACACCUUGUAUUCACAUCUCGGCUCCGCCUACAUCUAAACAUGCAGGUGCUGCAGAUUGUUAAAGAACUGGUGUCGCCCUCUCGCCGCCGUGCUGCUAGCAGGUUUGCAGCGUCUGAUUUGGAGCAGGAUGCUGCAGGAAAGUUGGAACAGGAGCGAGCUGAGAUAAUCGCCAAAUAUGACAAGGGUAAAGAAAGUGCACAGGUGGAGACGUGGGAGGAGACCAACUUUGAUCUGUAUAAAGUAGUGGACCGCUUCGGCUUCCUGCAUGAGAGUGAGCUUCCAGCAUAUGACAUAGGGGAGGAAAAGCAAAAGCAUUUGGAAAUUGAGAGAACCGCAAAAUGGCUGAAAAUGUUGAAAAGCUGGGAAAAAUACAAGAACAGCGACAAGCUGAUGAGGAGGAUCUAUAAAGGGAUUCCACUGCAGCUGAGAGGUCAGGUUUGGUGUCUUCUGCUCGACGUCCCCAAAAUCAAGGAGGAGAAGAAGGACUUUUAUGAGAAACUGAAGGUCAAAGCAAGGAGUCUGUCUCCAGAUGUUCGUCAAAUUGAUCUGGAUGUAAAUCGUACAUAUAGAGAUCACAUUAUGUUCAUGCACCGCUAUGAUGUCAAACAACAGGAUCUGUUUCAUGUGCUCACCGCAUACUCCGUUUAUAACACGGAGGUGGGCUAUUGUCAGGGCAUGAGUCAGAUUACAGCCCUAUUACUCAUCUACAUGAACGAAGAGGAUGCUUUCUGGGCGCUGGUCAAACUGCUGUCGGGACAGAAACACUCUAUGCACGGUUUCUUUGUACCAGGGUUUCCUAAACUCUUGCGCUUCCAGGAUCAUCAUGACCGCAUUCUGCAGAAGCUGUUGCCCAAACUCAAACAACAUCUAGAUAAUCAGGAAGUGUUCACCAGCCUGUACACCUUGAAAUGGUUCUUUCAGUGUUUCUUGGAUCGGACUCCAUUUACUCUCACCUUGAGAAUUUGGGACGUUUAUAUUCUAGAAGGAGAGCGAAUUCUGACGGCGAUGUCUUACACCAUACUCAAACUCCACAAAAAGACCCUCCUAAAGUUGUCCAUGGAGGACCUGGUCAAGUUUCUUCAGGUGACCCUGUCAAAGGAUUUCUUUUACGAGGAUGACAUUGUAAUAGAACAGCUUCAGAACUCCAUUUCUGAGCUCAGACGCUCUAAACUUGAGCUGCCACCUCCAGGUAAAGACGAUGAGUUUCCUAAGAAACCAUUAGGUCAACUUCCCCCCGAGCCUCCUGGAUUGGCUGGAUCAGCGACCAAUCACGUGGGUAACGGGCAACCGGUCGGACAGAAAGUCGAGGGUCCUCCUCGUGGUCAUAGCCCUGCUGCAAGCGCCGUCAGUAAAGAAGCAGGGUUUGUACGCAUCUCUGAUGGAUCGCCUGAGAAGCAUCAAGAGAGCCGGCCGACAAUCUCCCUGGACAAAGUGCACCAUCCUGGCAAAAGUGAAAGGGAGAGGGGAGCGGACCCUUCCAAGGAAAAGUUCCCAACUCCUAACAGCACGACAGAUAGUGGCAAAGUAUCGACCCAAAACCAGAUACAUCGCAACACCAGUGCUAGAUCUAGCAUGCGCCGGGACAUCACACCCCGCUGGGUCAAGCCUUCCGAGGUCAAACUGGAAGCGGUCAAGGCGGCAGCACUACGGGAAAGCCAGUCGAGUCUAACGACGGGCGUUCCACCCUCCCCGAGCCCCCAAACUCCAGAGGAGGUUGCAGGGGCACAACGGCGGCCACGUUCCAGAGGGUUUGCGGCAGGCACCAACCGCGCAUCCAACGCCUCGCAAUACGAUAAUGUACCGGAACCGGAUGGAGAAGUCAUGGAGAUCAUAGAGCUGGAGAAGCCACCAUCUCGCCCUCCCUCCCGACCACACGGGGGACCCUCUAUGAAGCAAGGCAGCCCCACCCGUCCCCCUAGUGGUGGACCCAGUGUUUCUCAGAAUAGAAUGCCUAAACAGAGCAUGAUGUCUUCCAAACCAGAACUGCGUGCACCUUUGCACUACCCACCCGGCAUGACGCCUGUCUACACUACCUACUUAUCAGAUUCUCAGCAAGAGGAGAGACCGUACGGCCCGCAGUUUGGCGAGCUAAUUUACGCCACAACAUCACGUACCUCAUCUAACAAUUCUCCAGAGAAAGCACUAAUGCACAACAGCUACAUAACAUACCGGCGGUCACCACCCAGCAUGCCCCCUUUAAGGGUAGAUCCAGCGGAGCUUCAAACCCAAAUGGACAGUGUCGGUGAGAGCGGGUAUUACCUGAGACAGCCCACACGGUUGACGGGUUCUCCCGCUUAUUCAGCCACAGAACUGCAAUAUGAGGGGGGAUCCAGGCGGAGAGAGGGCUGGUAUGGAGAAAUAGAGGCGGGGCCUCCACACUUUUCAGCAGGAUUACCUCGAUCUCCCAGCUUCCAGAAAGCUCAGCUGUCUCCCCUUCACCCCGGUCAAGAGUUUUCCUUUGCUCCCACGGCCAUCUCGGAUGCUGUGCUCAACUUUAGAGGACCCUACCAGGAGCAUUCUGGCAGGCAACAGCUCCCCCCGCUGUUUGGAGUUCAACACUACAGGCAAGCGCAGGAGGCCUUUGCAAUGCAAGAGUCAAUGUUACUCUGAGGUGAACAAACUGGAUUAGAACUAAAUGGACUAACGUAAGUGAUGGCUAGCGAGAGGUUUUGUUGUUUGUGUUUUGUUUGUUUCCUCUGCAAGUCUUACUGUAACAAACGGUUUGUCAGUUCCAACCGUUUGUACUGUACAAAGACUGACUGAAAAGAGUUUAUUUUUGUUCCUGUCAGUUCUUUAACUGCCGAUGUGAGCUAUAUAAUGGUUAAUCAUGCUACGAGAGAUUUUUUUUUUUGGUUGGCACACUGAGAUAUUUAAAUGGAUUUCCGGAGGGCUUCUCUCAUAUGGACACAGUUACUGGUUGACAUCUAUUUUUUACAUGUUUCAAAUAUAAAUACUUUAUAAUUUGAUUGUGAAUAUAUUUUUCAAGAACAAUGACUUGUGUAAGAAAGUAUAAUCAUGAACAAACUAUAACAGUGAAAGAACUGUUGGAUAAAACCUUUCAGUGCAUAGCUACAGUGUUCAAAUAUUUUUUGUCACGUUAUAAGAGUUCAGAUAUUUUAUGUUAAGCUCAAAGGGAAGUCAAUUUAGGACGCCCUCAAAACUUUUUGCCAGUGACCUGCAAAUGCAAUACAUUAUAAAUCAUGACUUGAUUCUGAAAACCACAAAUACCGAAUCUAGACUACACAAGGUAAAUUAUGUCACUUUUUAAUAGUCAAAAAUGUGUUGUGUUAUCUGAAUUCACAGUAUGUCUGUGCUGCAGUGUAUAUUUUAAUAUCCAAUCUUAAAUCUUAGAAUGCGAUAAAUGGUCUAGGUGUUUGUGGUGACAUGCAGCUGGUGUGUGUGAAAGUCGGUCCAAUAUGUGUUAUUACCUGGUAAGUCUUCUAAUAAUGAACCUUUAUGUAAUUGCGAAAUUGUUUAAUUGCGGUUUUACAAAUAGCACAGGUUUUGUGACGGGAUCAUGCUAUGAGUUAAACUGACACAGAUCUAUUGGUCCUGUUUUGUAGGUGCGCCGUUUUCUAAUCUAAAAAGGGAAACUAGAUUGAGCUCCUUCCCUCAUAACCCAUUGACCUAUUUUUGAGGGGCCGCUUCUUGUCUUUUUCUAAAAUCAGCUUGAAAUCAUUGACUUAUGGCUCUUCAUGUGUUAAAACCUGAUACGAAUAUAUUUAACUAAGCACACUGCUGUUCUGCAUGGGUCAUCCGACUGGGUUUCGGCUCUGAUUUGUAUGUUUUAUUGAUUUUCAUGCAGCGUUUUUCAAAUUUUAUUUUAUUUUCCACCGGAAUAUGAUGUAUAGCUGGGUUUUUCUAAUUUUAUUGAUUAAUCUGUUUAUACCUGUCUUGAUGGCAUCUGACACUACCAACUCAAUUGCCACUUUCAUUUCUCUAACACACACCCAAUAUAUAUGCUGCUUGACACGCAGUAAGUUGUCUGCGCUUCAAAUACCACAAAAACUGUCUUCAGACUGUAUGUUGUUUUUAAGCAUAGAUUAACUUUAUCAAAAUAUAACCUGUCUAUUAGCUCGACCGGCUUUCCAAACAGCUUCCACAACAUUCCACACUCUUAAGGUAUUCUUUUUAUUGAUUUGCAUUGAUUCAUAUCGCUGCAAUAAUAACAAUGUUAAUAUUUCAAUGUUUUAUUUGUUAAAAAGCAAGCUAACUUAUUUUCUGCUGUAGCCCCAAAAUGGGUUGUCAUUAUACAGACUUGUUUAUUAUACCCAUAUUUCAUUUCAUACAACAUCCCAGUCUUUUGAUUGUUGGAUUGAACAUUAUUCCGCUGUUAGCCUACUAAAUGCAACUUUGUUUUCAGAUUGUCCCUUCUCUAAUAAACAACAUGAGGUGGUUUAAA